CCCGCCAAGCAACGGGAGCCUGAGGAAUCCGGGCACGGCGGCGGUAAUGGUCGAUACCCAGCAUCCGCUCACCCUGCUGCUCAACAGCUCUGUGGGUGACAGAGAGCUCUGCAAGUAUGUGGCCCAGCCCCAGGGAACACCUGGAUAGCUUUUUCCUCUAAUUUUUACUUUCUUGAAGUCGUGUGCCUGUUCAUUGCCUGCUCAUCACCUACUUUUUCCUGACUGUUUAGACCUAGAGUUCAGCCUUCACCCCACUGCUCUAACUGUGGCGUAAUUGUAAUUGUGCUGGAAGGAUCUAGGCACAAGCAGGAACUGAAGUGGUAUGCAGUGAGCCAGCAGCAGCAAGCACCUGGUUUCUCUUGCAGAGUCUGUAGUCCAAGAAGACAGGUGAUGUGGUAGGCAGCACACGUGCGGUAAAGCAUCUGUGUUGGCUUAGGGGAGGGUAAUGCUUGGCAAAGGCAGAGCGAGGCAGCUCCUUGCUAGAUCAUGCUGUUAGGCCAAGUUUUCAGCUUGCCUUUCCUACAGGCAUUCAGGCUUACAGCCCGCCAAAUGCUGCUGCGGUAUCUGCACAUAGUGGGGAUGGCUCAGCAAGUUUCGUUUCCUUUAUCCUUUGCAGGAUUCAGUAUCAUUUUGGAGAGUUUGGCAAUUAUUCCCUUGUGGUAAAGACCCUAAGUACAAGCACCAAAACUGUUUCUUGUGACCUAGUCAUCAAUGAAGGCCCUAUCAACAGCUACCUCCGUAUGUAAUGCUCUGUUUUCCCCUCUCAUUCUACAAUGUGCAUGUCUCCCAGAAGAACCAACUUCCUAAAAAGUCUGUGCAGCCGCUCGUGCUGUGCUGAAGAUGUGUCAUGGGCUUGCUCCUCUUCUCUGUCAGCAUCUUAUGUCCUUAUGUUUUAUACAUCUGUCUUGAGGCCCUAACCAGAAUCAGGCCUCUUCACCUGCUAUACUGCAUGACCACAACCUUUCUGCAGCAGGGAUUAGCCCAGAAAAAUCGAUGGUUAGAAACUGGGUUUACAAGAAACUGAACUCCAGAGAAACUGAUCGUCUGAUUAAUUCUGAGCUUGGGUCCCCGAACACAACAGACUCCGUUAGCAGUGAUCCCACCCCGCGUUUGUGGAGCGCAGCCUCUCGGCAGCGGCUACGUUCCCUGGACACAUUCCGAGGGCUCUCUCUUAUAAUUAUGGUGUUUGUUAACUAUGGAGGAGGAAAAUACUGGUUCUUCAAGCAUGAGAGUUGGAAUGGAUUAACAGUGGCAGAUCUGGUGUUUCCAUGGUUUGUGUUCAUCAUGGGGACAUCGAUAUCAUUGUCACUGAGCUCCAUGCUGAGGUGGGGAAGUUCCAAGCGGAAGGUGCUUGGGAAAAUCCUCUGGAGAAGUUUUCUGCUAAUACUGCUGGGAAUCAUAGUUGUGAAUCCCAACUACUGCCUUGGACCUUUGUCCUGGGAUAAUCUGCGUAUUCCUGGGGUUCUCCAGAGGCUGGGAUUCACAUACCUGGUAGUUGCUACUCUCGAACUCCUGUUUACAAGAGCUGGGGCUGAGAGCGGGGCCUUGGAGACGCCCUGUUCUGCUCUGCAGGAUAUUCUCCCCUACUGGCCACAGUGGAUUUUCAUUCUGAUGUUAGAAGUGAUUUGGCUCUGCCUGACCUUUUUGUUACCAGUGCCAGGUUGUCCCAGGGGCUAUCUUGGUCCUGGAGGCAUUGGAGACUUUGGAAACUAUCCCAACUGCACCGGAGGAGCGGCUGGUUACAUUGAUCGUUUGCUUCUUGGAGAAAAGCACAUAUAUCAGCAUCCCUCUUCGAGUGUGAUUUACCAGACAACGAUGCCGUAUGAUCCUGAAGGGAUCCUGGGGACCAUAAAUACCAUUUUUAUGGCAUUUCUGGGACUGCAGGCAGGAAAAAUUAUCUUGUUCUACAGAGACCAGCACAAACAAAUUAUGAGUCGCUUUGUCAUAUGGAGCAUAGUAAUGGGAAUUAUUUCUGCUAUCUUGACAAAAUGUUCUAAAGAAGAAGGGUUUAUUCCCAUAAACAAGAACUUAUGGUCAAUAUCCUAUGUGACAACCAUGAGCUGCUUUGCCUUCAUCCUCUUAUUGCUCAUAUAUUACCUUGUGGAUGUCAAGAGACUGUGGUCAGGUGCUCCAUUUUUCUACCCAGGAAUGAACUCAAUCCUGGUCUACAUUGGACAUGAAGUCUUCGAGAACUAUUUCCCUUUCAAGUGGAAGAUGCAAGACAGUCAAUCCCAUGCAGAGCAUCUGACUCAAAACCUCACUGCGACAACUCUUUGGGUCAUAAUAUCUUACUUACUUUACAGGAGAAGGAUAUUCUGGAAAAUCUGAUAGAGGUGAUCAAGGCCUAGAUUCUGAUGGAACAAGUGCACAAGGUGGAUUAGCCUGAAACAGAAAUACUGCCACUCAUGCUAGGCUGUAUUACUAAAAAGGGAUACUAGUUCAAGUUUACAGUGCCAUGGAGGUUGACAUCAAGACUUUUAUGUGACUUAAGGGACUUAUUUUCCUAUUUAGCAAAUACUUACUAGUCUUCUGCAAUUGCCCUUUCUGUCUUCUGUAUUUUGUAAAUAUUUUACUGAUCUCCCUCCUUCACAUGGAGAAACUGAACAUAUUGCAGCAGUUGGGCAGUCAAAGACAGCCUGAUGGUGCUUACAAAAGGAACUGUAAGGGAUCUGGGUGGUGAUUGCAAGGGGUUAUCAGGAUGGGACUAUGGUAACAGCCAUUGCACCUGCGAAGGCACCCCCUAACUCACAUAGUUUGGGGUCUGUACAUACCCCUGGCACCUGCCACGUGCCUGUGCCACUCUGGCUCCUGGCACACACUUAACUAGGCCAUCUUCUCGACUUGGAAGUGCUGGCAGCGUCCUCAGCCCUGCACUUGAGUCGGUGGUGCCGUGACUGGGAAAGCUCAGGGUCACCUCUGUGCUAUAGUGUGCUGCAGAAUGUGGCGACUCGACUGAUCAUUCUUCAUUGUGUUCUUUCAAUUUGGUCUCAGAUCAAAACCUUAGGUUUAGGACCCUGCUGAAGCCUGCUGCCAAAGAUCUCUUCUGUUGGCUUAUAAAUCAGCACACUGCUGCUACAGGUUUAGCAGUCUGUGUGUGCAUCUUCUGGGCCUUUGUGUUACAUACCUCUAGCAUGGAUGAGGUCUGAGUUUCAUGUGCUACACUCUAAGAGUGCGGACUUUGUAUAAUCACUUGGAUAUUGCCAAAGUUGGAUCAAAGCAAUCCUCUUUAUAAAUGGAUUUACGUAAGGGCCCUGAAUCUGAAAACCAGCAAUAGAGGUAGAAUUCAGCCAAAAAGGAAGAGAUAGUAGACCAAUUCAAUGUAAGAAAAUAGUUCUUGGAAACUCAGGAAAUUCACUCAUGCUGUGAAUUCCAAACUAGUGCUAAUAAAAAGCCUGAAAGAC